UAGAUGUACGAAGUUAAUCCUGUUGGGUUUGAAUUUAUAGAAUAAGGAAGAAAGUCAACUAUGUUUCUAAAAAAUAAAGCAUUGGAUGGAAAGAAAAUUAAAGUGGGUUUAUUCCUAUUUUUUAUUUGUACAAGUGAAUCUUGCGUCCGUGUUGUCGAGAGAACAGAUUUCUUCACUGGGAAAACAACAACAUGUUGCUUCGUCGAAUGUCAACCAAAUCUUUACGUCAGAAGAUGUGAAGUGAAUAACACGGCGGACCGUUGUGAGCCCUGCCCCCCGGGAUCAAUGUUACUUGACCCCACUAACUCUUACUUCCCGUUCCCAUGUCGCCGGUACGACUGCCCGCCAGAAACACGACGCAUUAACUCGUUGUCUGCAACAGGCUGUAGAAUUCCGUGUGAGUGUGAUGAGAGUAGAGGAUACAGCGGGGCGGAUCCAUGUUUAUGCAGGAGAAAGACACCCUCAGUGGAUAUAAACAGGAAAAGGUAAAGGAUAAACUGCAGGUUUAAUCUUUACAUAAAAUGGCUG